UUUGAAUACAACUUGCAGCUACCACUUUGAUCCACAUGUCUAAAGUGUUUUGAAACGAAAAUGAUGGACACCUUGGGAUACAAUAAUCUCUACGAUAAGCUGCCUAUGCUUUGUACUGUACAGUAGGAAUAUAUAUCAUGUGCACAUUAUGUUUAUUAUCGAUUAAUUAAUGAUAUAUUAUCUUGUGGUCAAUAUCAGUCAUACCACACCCAUGGUAUCAGCAGCAUUAUCGGUGAAAUCAAAAUCACAAAUUACAGUUGGCCAUCUCAUCUCAGCUACUUUCUGGAGUAGAACACAUACUAUGUACUAUAAUAGCUAUGUGUGCAUACUCUGUUGAUAAUAAGUUAGUGCACUAUGGCUCCAAAUGUGGAACAGUUGGCACAUCCUGUAACAAACUCUGUUUGCUUGACAUUUUGAUAGAAGGGAACACCCAAUUAAUUAACUGAUAAUAUUAAUUUGCCUAGUUAAUCAAAUGACACAAGCAACACUCAACAGUAGAGGUGAAGCUUUGGCUAACUGAAGUGAUACAACAAGGUGUAACUGAGAUAAAAUGUGUUUAGUCUAGCCACUUAUUCAUGUCAUCAAGUGCUAGAAGUGCAGUAGACCUCUAUUCUCAUUGUGAACAAGCAGCUGGUGGUAGUGGACAGUUGGAGGAUCUAUUAAUGCUAGCUGAAAACUUCCAAUCAGAACAUGGAGGUGUAGGACCAGAAUCCUCUGGUAACAGGAUUGCUCUGAACUCAUUUCUACCAGGACCUGAUGCAACGUUACCAUGUUAUCUUCACCCCACUCCACACCUUUUCAUUGAAAAUUCAAAUGAGUUGGCGACUGUAAGUGAUUUCUUUACUACUGACAUUCUGAAAGGCCGCGAGGAAACGAAAAGAAAAGAAAAGAACGCAAAACAAAAGCAAAGAGAUGCAAGCAAACGAGAGAAUGAAUCCUUGGCAUUCAGUAAUUUUGACAAGGGUUGUAAGCUGAAAAGGACCUCUACAUCUGUACCAUCGACCAAGGCCGAGCAAUCAGAGUCCAUGCAAGUUCUCUCAGAAUGUUUUUUGGAAGUAUACGAAGAUUUCAGCAACGAAAGCCAAAUCGAGGACUUUUUAGAUGUAAUUAGAAAUGAGGUGAAAGAAAAGCUGUCAAUGCUUAGAGUCAAAAAAUUGAAAGAAAGAACUUGUAAAACCAACUGGAGAGAAAAGAAAGACAGAUGGUGUGACAGUUGUCGAGCAAAGGACAGAAAAAAGGCCUGCUUGGUGAAGAAUGGCCUUGCAAGUGGAAAACGUCACUCACUUAAAUCACACCUGCCACGAAAACGAAGACACACAGCUGAACUGAACCGGCUGCAGGAGAUUGAUGAUUGAAUUUUUCUGCAUUGACUGUUUGUUUGUUAAUUCCUACAUAGUCCAUAAUUUAAUUCGUGGCCUACAUGUAUGCUCACCAGAGAGUUGCGCUAUCUUGUUUCUGUAAGCCAGUGUUGUCAAAACAGUAGGUGUACUGUACUGUACUCUACUUAAGUCAAAUGUUAAUUAUAAAUAUAAAUCACCAAC